AUGUUGUUCACAUCAUCAUUAUCAUCACCACAGGUACGCAAACUAGAAGACAGUUAUUUCCUUCAGCCCAGUCCAAAACGACAGAGAACAAACUCACCACAACCACAAUUGCUGCAAUUGCAACAACUACCGACUAAUGCUUUUUCACUACUGAUGCAUCAACAAAACCACGGAAUGCAAUCAUUUAGUGAUACAUCUACAAUGCAAAUGAAUAAUAAUGAUCAAACUACUCCUUUCAGGUCUACUACACCCACCAACACUAACAGCAACACCAAUACCAUGCACAGUCAAAUACACGGCACUAUGACACCCAUCACACAAACAAAUUCAAGAGAUCAGAUUGAAAACGACAAGAUGGAGAUAGAAAAUCAUUUGUGUACAAGGGCAGACCAAAUAGUCGAUUCACAAGAAAGUCUAAACUUGGGUUACGAGUGCCCUUGUGGACAUCUACAUGGCGCUGGACAAGGUUCUGAUCACCACGAUGUUAGCGCUGUAGGGUUUGUCGACUUCCCCAUGCUUAGAGGUCCUGACUGA